AUGGACAGCAGCGGCGGCGGCGGUAGAGAGUAUAGCCAGAUAGAGAAGGGAAGAGAGAGAAGGGGGAAGAGAUGGUUACAACCAGCUUCACAAGUUGAAAACUAUUCUGUUCAAGAUUUGGGAUUCAAGUUAAUUGAUCUACGGCAAAAGGGAGAUAAACAAAUUGGAGCUCCAAAUAGAAUGGUGGUGAUAUGGAGUGCCAAUGGCACUGUAACGUUCACAUAUAUGCAAGUUCAUGAAUGGCAAAUAGCAAUGGAUGAGGCUCUUAGAAAUCUAAGGGAUACGCUCAAGACACUUUGUUGUCUGGAUGGCUGGUCUUACGCCGUUUUCUGGCGCUUCCAUCCACAUAAUUCCACGUUGUUGAACAUGGAAGAUGCAUACUAUGAAGAUCCAUUGGCAGAAGGGAUAGUCAAUAAGCUUCCACAGGUUCACUUGUUGGGAGAAGGAAUUAUUGGUCAAACUGCUUCCACGGGCAAGUACAGAUGGAUGCACUCAGAUCAUCAAACUGAAGAAUCCAAUUUGACUAUCUGUGAGCAAGUUGAUUCUGAUUUGCAUCAACAGUUCUCCUCUGGGAUAAAGACAAUUGUGGUUAUAUCCGUAGACAAACCAUCGGGGGUGAUACAAUUUGGGUCCAAAAAGAAGAUAAUGAUGACUAUUAAUAGGUUUAGACCUGACAUUCAAUACAGGAAGCAAGUUUUUGGAUAUGAAUAUAAAGAGAUUCAUAUCUGUGAUACUGGUGGUUUGGUCCUUAAUACUCCUUUUCUUAUUCCCAUUAAGGACAAAAUAUUUAUAUCACGGAAUAUUACGCAGAUUAUGGAGAGAAUAGGAUUUUUGGAACAAACCCAAAGAUUGCUCACUGGGAUAGAAAAUGAGGGAGUUCUUAGUUCAUCAGCAAAUACACUUCUCUCUCCGGAUAGUGAAGAUGAUGAUCUAUAUGGGUUGUUGGCUUCAUUUUCCGCUGAAAAUUUAUAUGACGGGAAUCUCAAAUAUGUUCAUUGUGAUAACUCUGAAGUGCUAAUGGGAAACACUUAUUCUUCUGCAAAUCCUGAUGAUUCCUUCCCUUCAAUGUAUAACAUUCUUGAAGAAGGGAUGAAUCACAUGCAUGGAAAUUCCUCUUGUCUAGGUGACCAAUUGACCCCUGCCAUAGAAGCUCAAGUGCUAUCCUCAGAUAGGGAUAAUAUUACUAUGAUUUUGAAGCCAGGUUCUUCUAUGAACAACUCUAUUGAUGAAAACCCCAGUUUUGGUACAUGGAGUAGCGAAAUUUCAUCAUUGGAUGAUACACUAGGCCAACAAUUGGUAUCUGAAAUAAAUGCUCAAGAUAUUGCAGAUGUGCACUGCAAAGAAGCAAAUGCAUUUUCUUAUGACAAACUUGCAGCUGAGGAUCCAGCAUUGACCUCAUUGUAUGGCAUGAACAGACUGUUAGACCCAACAAUAACAUUUCCAAACCAAUUAGGAAAUUCAGUUGAUAACCAACUUUCUGUUCAAUCUAGCAUUUUGUCAGAAGUUAAUUUUCCUGAUAGCUCAAGUAAGGUAAAUGGACCGUCUAUGAACUUAGAGCCAAUUGAUACUUUUGAAGAAUUUCCUGAGUUAUUCUCCGCAGAUGAUCUCAGCCAGUUGUUAGCUCUUUCUCCAGAUGAUAGUAUUGACUUAACAGUGACUGCAUUGAAUAACACACUUUCUAAGUCACAAGAAUUUAAUCCCAUUUCUUCUAGUCUGGUUGAUAGUAGUGUUUUUGGUAAUGUUCCAGUUACAUGUUCAACUGUGCAUAAUUCCAUAGCAGAUACAGUCAACUUGGAUAAUCAACAAGCAUCCACAGUUAUGCAUAGUUCUGGAAAUAUUUUAUUUGAUAGCUUGGGACUUGAUUUGACAUGUGACAAAAUUGAUGAGUGGUGGGCCAAUAUGCUUACACCAAUGGUGAGUACAGCUGCUACUAAUACUACUUUCUCUAUUAGCAAAUCUGAGUUGAAUGUUGCUAGUGGCUCCAGGAAAAAAUUAUUCUCAGAGUUAGGACUUGAUGGGAUUUUGAAUGGUCAAGCCAAUUCCAAUGCUUUGAAUAUUUAUAAGGAGCAAUUAUCAACAUAUAAAAAGCAGAAGAUAGAACAUUCAACUGUAAACAGAAAUCCAAUUCAGUUGCCAAGUCUUGCUUUGUCUAGGAGCUCUAGAGUAGGCUUGUUGCAGCCAGUUUCUAAAGUGGACAGGAUAAGCAAACUUGUACCCAAGAAAGAGAUAUUCCAAAAACCAGAGGUAGGAGGCUUGAGGAUUGAUGAUAGACAUGGCAACACUCGGAAGGUUGUUCCAACAUACACUCAAAAACCAGUGGAACCCAAUAAGGUCAUUAAGAAGAGGGCUAAGCCAGGGGAGACAACUAGACCCCGACCAAAAGAUCGUCAGCUGAUUCAAGAACGCAUUGAAAAGUUGCGAAUGACCAUCCCCAACUGUGGUACAAAGAUUAGCAUUGAUGCUUUGUUAAGUCGCACCAUCAGUUUCAUGGUCUUCUUGCAAAGCAUCACCAAGCAUGCAGACAGGAUACAUGAGCCCUGUGAGCCUAAGCUCAUAAAAGACACUAGGGAAGGAGAUAGCAUAAAUGGUGGUGGUGGUGGUGGUGUUACAUGUGCAUUUGAAAUGACGAGUCAAACGAUGGUGUGCCCAAUUAUAGUGGAGGACAUGGGUUCACCAGGCGUAAUGCUUAUAGAGAUGCUUUAUGAGGAGCGGGGUUCCUUACUUGAGAUAGUGGACAAAAUUAAGGGGAUUGGGCUGAAAAUCGUGAAGGGAAACAUGGAAACCAGGGAGAAAAAAAUAUGGGCGCACUUUAUUGUUGAGGUUAAAGUUGAGAAGGACAAGAGACCUGUAACAAGGAUAGAAGUAUUUAGAGAACUUCUACAACAAGCAAACACAUUUGGAACUGAUUAUAAGCAUAGUAAUGCUAUUGAAGGAGUUUACUUCCCAUGGUCAUGA